AUGAAUCCUUCAACAAGUCGUCGUUCUGCUUUAUUAUUGUUGACUUUGAUAGCGAUCUUGCUAUUCUUUAUUAUUACUCCAAUUCAAUCAAGUCCUUUACCUGUCGAUCAGGGUUCAUUACCUGCUCCUGAUAAUAACACCACCACAUCAGUAGAUGGUGGUGAUGACUCAGUAUUCUCUGGAGAUGCUACUUUCUAUAGUCCAGGAUUAGGUGCUUGUGGUUUUUACAAUUCUGAACAUGAUAUGAUUGUUGCACUUAAUGUAGAACAAUUUGGACCUGGCAACCCCAAUUUGAAUCCUAAUUGUAAUAGAUUAAUAGAAAUUACAUGCGGAAAAGAGACCGUUAUUGCAAGAAUUACUGAUAAAUGUCCAGGUUGCAAUUUCGGAUCACUAGACUUGUCUCCAGCCGUAUUCACUAAACUAGCACCUCUAAGUGUUGGAAGAAUGCACAUCUCGUGGGUAUUCUUAAAAGUAAAAUAA